UGCAGCCAAUGCCAGUCACGGGGCGGGUGUCAACAUGGGGCAGAUGUGACCCUCGGUGCGUUCGUAUAAAGGCCGAGAGGACGGUUUGAACUGCCAGUUCGACUUCUGAAGGAGACUCAGGAUAAUGCAGCUGCUACUAUUGGUUGGGUGUCUGGCCGCGGCGGCCACCGCCCGACCCCAGGCCCUGGACUCCACUCUGGAGGACGCUGGUAUCCUCCGCAUGGAGUCCUCCCAGGCGGAGGACGGCUCGUUCCAGUACGCGUUCGAGACGGCCGACCAGAUCAAACAGGAGGUCUCUGGUCAGCUGAGGCAGAUCGGCGAGGAGUUCGGCAUCGUCAUGCAGGGCAGCUACUCGUACGUGACGCUGGACAGGGCGGGCAGAGAGGUGCCGAUCGAGGUGCGAUGGGUGGCCGACGAGAACGGCUACCGGGCCGAGAGUGACGUGCUCCCGCAACCGCCGUCUGCCGCCGUCAGGAGUGAACCGCUGGGAGGCAGCCGGCCUGGUCGGGGCGCGGCACGACGCCGGACACCGGCGCUCCGUCUGGGAGAGAAUGGAGCUGGACAGAGGCAGGAUAUCUCCCGUCUAGGAGAGAAUGGAGCUGGACAGAGGCAGGAGAUCUCCCGUCUGGGAGAGAACGGAGCUGGACAGAGGCAGGAGAUCUCUCGUCUGGGAGAGAAUGGAGCUGGACAGAGGCAGGAGAUCUCCCGUCUAGGAGAGAAUGGAGCUGGACAGAGGCAGGAGAUCUCCCGUCUGGGAGAGAACGGAGCUGGACAGAGGCAGGAGAUCUCUCGUCUGGGAGAGAAUGGAGCUGGACAGAGGCAGGAGAUCUCUCGUCUGGGAGAGAAUGGAGCUGGACAGAGGCAGGAGAUCUCUCGUCUGGGAGAGAACGGAGCUGGACAGAGACAGGAGAUCUCCCGUCUGGGAGAGAACGGAGCUGGACAGAGGCAGGAGAUCUCUCGUCUGGGAGAGAAUGGAGCUGGACAGAGGCAGGAGAUCUCUCGUCUGGGAGAGAAUGGAGCUGGACAGAGGCAGGAGAUCUCUCGUCUGGGAGAGAACGGAGCUGGACAGAGGCAGGAGAUCUCCCGUCUGGGAGAGAAUGGAGCUGGACAGAGGCAGGAUAUCUCCCGUCUAGGAGAGAAUGGAGCUGGACAGAGGCAGGAGAUCUCUCGUCUGGGAGAGGAUGGGGCUGGACAGAGGCAGGAGAUCUCUCGUCUGGGAGAGAAUGGAGCUGGACAGAGGCAGGAGAUCUCUCGUCUGGGAGAGAAUGGAGCUGGACAGAGGCAGGAGAUCUCCCGUCUAGGAGAGAAUGGAGCUGGACAGAGGCAGGAGAUCUCCCGUCUGGGAGAGAAUGGAGCCGGACAGAGACAAUAGAUAGCUCGUUAGGUAGCUCGUUGGGGAGAUUGCAAAACUAAACAAUAAAGCUUCAAGAAGAAUUGGUGUAAUAAUUUCAGUUUGUUAUAUACAUGGUUGUAGGUACUUAAGUUGACUGACAUCACCUGCCCACUGAAUGUCCCUUGCAAUGUGAACUCCCGGUGCCUUUUUGUUCGCAAAUUGCAUCGCCUAAUUCCAUUAAUGAUCAAUUUCGUACGGGACAUUGCCAUUUGUGCGACGUGCGACACAUGUCCGUCGUUGGUAUGUGCUCGUGUAUGUAAAAUAUACAAAAGCGGUA